AGAGAGUCUUAAAAGGUCUCGGUCAUCGGACUAUCUAUAUCCGGAUUUGCCCCCACGAGAUUUUGUUUUGUGUUUUAUUUAUUUAUUUAUUUUUUUAAAGGCUGCUUGGUUUGGCAGAAGAACACUCUCUAGAGAGAGAGAGAGAGAGAGAGAAACAUUGGAAGAGCAAGUUAAUCCCCAAUCCCCAUGGAUGGAUGAUGACGAUGAUGAUGAAUUGGUGGUUUCUUGUGUUUGGCGGACUUAAUAACGAAAAUCCAGAUUAUUCGUGGGGAGUAUAUAGAAUGCUGCCUGGGGCUUUGAAUAGGUGGAAUUUCUGGGUUGGGUGUUGGUUUUACGGGUUGAACGGUUGAGCCUUGAGUUGAUGGGAAGCAUGAGCGAGGAAGAGGAUCCAUAUUUCGAUAGUCGUGAUGACAUUACCUCUGUUUCCGAUUCGGGCUCCGAUUGCCCUGACAAUACCGACUCUGAUUAUGGGGUGGUUGAUAGUUUUCCAGCUAGUGUAGGAUAUGAGGUUUGGAUUAAGAACCCGGUAAGCAUUCGUGAGCGGCGCAACAAAUUUCUAAGGUGGAUGGGUUUAGGUGAGAAAAAAAUAGUGGGAGAGGAUCCUGAGAUUACAUCUUCUGAUGAAUUGGAGGUGGAUACUGAUAGAAUUACUGAGUACAGUUACAGUGGUGCAGUUUUAGGAUCAUCAAGAUUUGAUGAUCGGUUUUCCUCGAGUCAUUCUUCCAUGUCUUGUCGGUCAACUGAUGCUAGAGAAUUGCUAGAUCGGGCAUUUGAAGAGAACUUCAAUUGUAGGAUCAGAAAUUUGGAUGAUGGGACAGAAUUCAUUGUGGAUGAAAUGGGAGAGGAUGGGAUGCUGACUAGACUACGCAAGGUCGGUUCAGAUUCAUUACUUACUGUUCAGGAGUUCGAGAGGAGUCUUGGCUUAUCCCCCUUGGUUCAGCAGAUGAUGCGGAGAGAAGUUGAACAGACUUCCAAUUUGGAGGUGGCUAGAAAGCAGGUGAAGAAAGGGUGGUUGAGGAGAAUAGGGGUUGUGGCCUGCAUUGUUGAUAGACAAGUGGAAGCUGGUACUGUGAAUUGCAAUGAUUCCUAUCCAGUUGCAAGGUCUAGGAAUCAAACUGUUAAGGUUAGGUCUUACAAGAAGCGAUCUAAGGAAUUAUCAGCGCUUUAUAUGAAGCAAGAUAUACAGGCCCAUGAAGGUUCAAUUUUAGCAAUGAAAUUCAGUCAUGAAGGUCAGUACCUUGCAAGUGCUGGUGAAGAUGGAAUUGUGCGUGUAUGGCAGGUAAUGGAAUCAGAGAGAUCGGAUGAAUUUGACAUUCUUUGUAGUGAUCCUUCAUGUGCAUACUUCAGGAUUAAUUAUCUACGUGAAGUUGUCCCCCUUCAUGUGGAGAAAAAUGGUAAACUGAAGAAUACAAGGAAAACAUCUGAUUCAUCUUGUGUUAUUUUCCCUAAAAAAUUAUUCCAGAUAUUGGAUAAACCAAUCCAUGAAUUCCAUGGGCAUUGUGGUGCGGUAUUGGACCUCUCAUGGUCAAAAAACAAGCAGCUGUUGUCAUCCUCUAUGGACAAGACUGUACGGUUGUGGCAAGUUGGAUACAAUCAGUGCCUAAAAAUAUUUUCACACAAUAACUAUGUCACAAGUGUUCAAUUUAAUCCUGUAGAUGAUAACUACUUCAUCAGUGGUUCUAUAGAUGGAAAAGUACGCAUUUGGGCAAUUUCUGGUUGCCAAGUUGUUGAUUGGACUGAUAUAACAGAAAUAGUAACGGCUGUCUGUUAUCGCCCUGAUGGAAAGGGAGGAAUUAUUGGCUCCAUGAAUGGUGAUUGCCGCUUUUAUGAUGCAUCAGAUAAUCGUCUGCAAUUGUACGCUCAAAUAUGCUUGCAGGGUAAGAAGAAGUCACCACUCAAGAGGAUAACUGGUUUUCAGUUUUCUCCAACUGACCCGAGCAAACUACUGGUUACAUCUGCUGAUUCACAAGUUCGGGUUCUUUGUGGAGUUGAUGUUAUCUGCAAAUACCGAGGCCUCCAAAAUGCAGGAAGCCAGGCAUCUGCAUGCUUCACCUCCGACGGGAGUCAUAUUGUUUCAGCAGGGGAGGAUUCUAAUGUAUAUAUCUGGAAUAAUAGUAGCAAUGAUGGACCUGUGGCCCAAGCAAAGAACCACUGGUCUUGUGAGCGUUUCUUCUCAAACAAUGCUUCAGUUGCUGUCCCUUGGUGUAGGAUGACUUGCAGCCAGUAUUGUCUGUCAAGUAGUACAUCGGGAGCAUCAGCAUCUCCUGAUCCUCAUUUCAAUGCACAGAGAUACGAUCAGGAAAGAGGGUCACAGCAAUAUGAGCUGGUAGAGGAUUCACUGCAAAAUAUGCGAUUCUCAUCAUCCAGUCCUUUGUCGCUGAGUCAUCGAUUUUUCUCGGAGCCUUUAGUGCUCAAGGGAUCUGCAACUUGGCCAGAGGAGAAGCUUCCUCCCCCAAGUUCGUUGUCUGUGUCAUCUGCAAUGUGUAAAUCACAAUUCAAGCUUUUGAAAUCAUCUUGCCAGAGCAUGAAUGGUUGUCCGCAUGCAUGGGGUAUGGUUAUUGUAACUGCUGGCUGGGAUGGACGGAUCAGAGCAUUCCAAAAUUACGGAUUACCAAUUCGGCUUUGAUUAUGUUGAGACCAUAGAUUUUCUGGAGAUGAUUUCUUUCGAAAGUUAGCAGCUGAAUUUGGCGUGGCACAUGUUUAUAUCGUAUCAAAGUCAGCCUUGAGAAACCAGGUAUGAGGCCAGAGGCAUUCACAAUCUGACUGAUUUCCUGAAGUUUAUAAUCUGGAUAGCUGAACAUAAUGCCCAGCCACAGCAGGCCCUUGAUGAAAGUAGUUAACUUUGAAGCAUUCUGUUAGAGAAAAGUUUUUGUAGCAAUGUUGAUUGUUUGGUGGGACAACUGGGGUGUACAGUAUACUCGAUGGAACUAAAAUAAAAAAAGAGUGUCGAUUUUUCUUAUACCGUACCUUGGCUGAGGGUCAAAAAUGUGGCCGAUCAGUUAAAAAAGAAGAAGAAGAUAUAAAAUGUCAUUGUAAUUAUUACAUUCUUUAAUUUAUUUCCUUCGAAAGUGAUGGUGAUAUUUAUACAACAUGUAUUAAGAAGCUUCAUUACUUGCAUCCAUUGUGGGAUGGCAUUGUAAAUAUGUUGGAAAUACAUGUUAGUCUUGGAUGUGAAUCGAAAGUGAUGAGUGACCAUUUGGGUUUGAGAAA